ACGCCACCUUAACAUUAUUGAUCAGUUGCCAAUACGCUGGAUUGGACAAAGAAUGCGUUUUGUGAGGAGCCCCCACGUGAUUUAUACGGUAAGGUCCUGGGGGCGUGGGGGCCUGGGGGAAAUUAUUAGGCCUCCCUGGCCUCCCCCGCCCCCGCAGGGCUUAUCACGUGUGCUGUGAGUCACAGCAGACAGGGACAGGCGGCGAGCUCUGCGCACCUGCAAGGAGAGAGGUUGGUUGGGCUGUGAGCGCACCAAGCGUGGCGCUGCGGCUGACCGACGCGGCAGGGACUGCGACUGCGGGCGAGGGCACCCACGGCUUAUCCUGGCCCCAGCUAAGUGCCAGAGAACUUGUGCGCACGUCUCCCUUCCUCCCUUCCGGUUCCCAGCGAUGGGCAACUCCAGCUUUGGUCCCAAGGAAUCACUACUGCAGAGGCCUGUGUUUAUCAUACACAACUCCGUGCCGCGCCAGGGAAGCGGAGAUUACCGCGUGGUGGUGGCAGGCUCCGCCGGCGUGGGCAAGAGCGCGCUGAUGCAGAGAUGGGCACAUGACACCUUUCGUAGCGCAAACCAGCCAACCAUUGAAAACAAUUACUGCAAGUUGCUGGGCUGCAACCACGGCGUGACUUCCCUGCACAUAGCUGACAGCGCAUGCGGACACCAGUAUCCUCCUCAGCAGCGUCUUGCAGUUAUCCAGGGCCACGCCUUCAUCCUAGUGUACUCGGUCACCAACAAGGAAACUCUGGAAAAGCUGAAGCCCUUCUACGAGCUGAUCUGUAAGAUCAAAGGUGAUGACUUGCCUAAGUUCCCCAUCCUGCUGGUGGGCAACAAGAGUGAUGAGAACUGCCGGGAAGUGGCGCUGAGUGAGGGCGCCACCUGUGCGCUGGCGUGGAAUUGCGCCUUCAUGGAGAUCUCGACCAAGACAGAUGUGAAUGUGCAGGAGCUGUUCCACACGCUGCUGACCCAUAAGAAGAAGCUCAAUACUUGCCCCCAGGGUCCCCAGAAGAAAUCUCAGAUGACUAAGACCACUGAGAAGCUGUUUGACAAAUGUAGCUUCAUGUGAGCCUUGGUCCUUAGGAGCUAGAUCUGCCCAUCCUGUAGUGGAUAGAAAAUAUGGGGUGAUCUAUGUAUGUUACCUGCACAUGAUGUGUGUGUAUUUGUGUGUGUAUGCAUGCAGUGGUUUAGACAGCAACAACUAGAUGAAAAUAAAUGUACCUUGUGAGUUAGUAAUUUUUAUUUUUCUCAGGCAAGAGAAUUCAAAUUGUUAAGACACUGGCAUUUGAGAACAAAAAAGUACCACGAUGCAUUUAAAAUAAAAUCUUUAAUAGUAAAUUUGACAAGAGAAAAUGUUUUGAAAAGAAUACAAUACCAAAAUGAAUUGAAAAAUGCCACAGCCCUUUGAGUAACCCUAUUAUUAUCUAUUAUUUUUAACAUUUCAACUCCUGUGUUUAAUCAUGUAUGUUCAUUGUGUAUUUAAUAGUUAAGAAAUAUGUUUUCACAACAAAUACUUUGACAAAUUGCUGUGAGACAGAUACACUAAGGAAACAAAAAAAGAAUAUUCUAUAGCUGACCAAUGGAGGUGGGAACAGAGAAAAUUAUGAAAGCAGAACUCUCUCACCAAAGAUGUGUUGUUUCUUGUGUCAUUUAAAAAUGUUUAAGUAUUCCACACAGCAAUUUUAAUAGUGUAACAGUUCCUUGACUUAAUAAAGUUUUUCCUGCAUGCAA